AUGAUUGAUAAUUUUACAAUUUUAACAAAAGGAGGUAUUGUAUUAUUAUCAAUUGAAUGGGCAAGACUCAAAGGUCAUCCAAUCAAUAAUUUGAUUCGUAAGGUAUUGGUACAAGAGAGAGGUUCAGAGACAUCAUUUCAAUCUGAUAACUAUACUUUGAAAUGGACUUUUGCAAAUGAAGUUGAUUUAAUAUUUGUUGUUGUAUAUCAAAAGAUUUUAUCUUUGAUGUAUAUAGAUGAAUUGUUGAAUGUCGUAAAGAGAAAGUUUGUAAAGAUGUACAAGGAUGUUUUGGUUUCCAUUAAGAAUUCAUCGGAUGACUUGGCAAUCGAUACUUUUGAACCUUUCAAGGAAAAGUUUGAUUUGAUUCUCACCAAGGUGGAGACUCUUUCAAAGAUGAAGCAAUCGUCUGCCGCACCACCAAAGCGUUACGAAGAUACCGAGAAGGGUAGAGCUGCUAUCGAGUUGAAACGUGAGAAGGAGUGGAAAGACAAGAAGAGUGGAAAAUCUGUAAAUAAAAACAAGAGCAAGGACAAGGAUAAUAAGAAAAAGGUGAACGGUGCCAACAGUAGUAAUAGAAAUCAAAGUAGUAGCAGCAGCAGUAGUGAUGAUAGUUCUGAAAAUGAAUCGGAUCAAGAAAACUCUAAUGAAGAUUCAAAUGAACAAGAUGUUGAUUCUGAUGAACAACAAGAAAAACAACAACAACAACAAAACAAUAAUAACAACAAGAAUACACCAACUUCUCCAAAACAAUCUAGUGUAUUUGAUGAUGCAGAAGAUGAAGAAGAUCCAGAUAUUGCAAGAGCAAGAAAAGCUCUAUUAAAAGCACAAAUUGGAGCAAAUAAAAAAACACCAACAAAGAAAUCAUCUUCUUUUAUAUCAUCAUCAUCUAAUAAGGAUAAGGAUAUAAAUACACCACCACCAAAAAAGGAAAAGAGAGUUUCCGAUACAAAGAUCUCAAAGAGUGAGAUGGCAGAGAUUGACAAGUCUGAUAAAUCUGGAAAGAAAAAGGUUGUCGUCAAGGAAAAGUUUGUAAAGCACAAUAUGGAAAUGGAUGUAAGCUCUGACGAGGAAGACAAACCAGUCUCUGGUUUCAUGAAGUACUUCCAAACAUUGACUGGAAGUAGAACCAUUGACAAUAACGAUCUCGAGCCGAUUCUCCAGAAAUUAAAGUCACAUCUCACCUCCAAGAAUGUAGCACUCGACAUUGCAGAGAAGUUGGUCGAUUCCGUUGGACAGAGUUUGCAAGGCAAGAAGUUGUCUACUUUCCAGGGUGUCAACUCUGUCGUCAAGCAAGCAAUGGAGGAAGCAGUCACUAGAAUCCUCACACCGAAAAAGACUAUCGACAUUCUCAGAGAUGUCCAGGCGGUGCGUGGAACUCGUCCCUACACUAUUGUUUUCAGUGGUGUCAAUGGUGUCGGAAAAUCAACCAAUCUCGCCAAGAUUUGCUAUUGGUUGACCGCUCAUGGAUACAAGGUAAUGAUGGCAGCUUGUGAUACUUUUAGAUCCGGUGCUAUCGAGCAGCUCAAGACACAUGCCGAGCGUUUGAACGUCGAAGUAUUUGAGCGUGGCUAUGGAAAGGAUGCCGCAUCGAUUGCCGGUGAGGCAAUUGAUUAUGCACGUGCUACCAAUCACGACGUGGUGUUGAUCGAUACCACCGGUAGAAUGCAAAACAACGAGCCAUUGAUGAGAGCACUCUCGAAGCUCGUCAAUCAAAACACAAUCGACUUGGUACUCUUUGUAGGUGAGGCACUCGUUGGAAACGACGGUGUAGAUCAACUCGUUAAAUUCGACAAGUCACUCUCGCUCCUAGCAGAUUCCACUCAAACCAAGGUCAGAACCAUCGAUGGAAUCAUUCUCACCAAAUUUGAUACCAUCGAUGACAAGGUCGGUGCUGCCAUCUCUAUGGUCUAUUCAACUGGACAUCCAAUCAUCUUCCUUGGAACAGGUCAAAAUUAUACUGAUCUCAAACGUAUGAAUGUUAAAGUUGUAGUUAAGUCGUUAUUAAAUUAG